AUGCAUGCAGUGGCGAAGCAACAGGUCAAACUCACUCAGGACAGUUUGAAUCGGCAACGCACCAUCGAACCGGAAUGCCUUGAGGUGCUAAACCAUCACAUUCAACGGGUCAAUGAAGCGGAACGUGAGCGCCUGGCUGCAGAAGAAUCGCAUCGUCGAAUUUCGGACCAAAUGACACAGCUAUCGAAAGAGAUUGCUGCAAUGGAGAAGACAAAUGCGCGAGCCAUAAAGAAAAGUCGCCUCUACUUCGAACAACGUAUUGAAUUCACAAGGAUUCUGGAACAUCAGAAAAAUCAUAUCCUCAAACUUGAGACUGAGGUACGGCAGAAAAAGUAUGAUUACACAUCGUCGUUGAGAAAUUUGGAGCAAAUAUCUGAUGCAAUUCAUGAGGAGCGCAGCGUAAGUUUUAUGCUGUUUUUUAUCUGA